GCCCCUUCGGCUUCACGACCACCUCAUCCCACGCUGGGAUAUCUUUUGUCACAAUUGACUCGCUCUUUCAAGCUGGUUGUAUAACAUCACAAAAACAAUCAUGAACUCGAUCCGCGCCGCAACCAGCGGCUCCCGCGCCAUCGCCUCUACCCUUUCCGUCACCCCACGCACCGCCACCCGUGCCUUCUCGCGAUCACAAGCAAAGCGGUCCGGUCAUGGACCUAGCUACGACCCUCCAUCAGGAUGGUUGUUUGGUGUUAAGCCCGGCGAGGCGUAUGAGAAGGAGGGGUGGGAAAAUGCCAUGUACUGGGGUUUCGGAGGCGCAUGUGCGUUUGGAGUAGUUGCCUAUGCUUUCAAGCCUGAUACCAGCAUCCAAACCUGGGCCCUAGAGGAGGCACGACGAAGACUUGAAGCCGAGGGUAUCCUCUCAGACCCGGACACCAUCAAGAAGGAAUAGAGAGCACCAAAUGCCAGCGGGCGACUAGCGGAUGAACUACGUGUGGAACACACCGAUAGAGAGGCGAGAUUCUACAGUAGCACGAAUCAAACUGUACAUACGCCAGCGAGGAUGAAGAGGGGCUUUUCUUUUGUGAGUAUGGAUCCGGCUGGUCCAAGGGCUCUAUAGACUUUGCAGAGGGUACCUGUUAUCACCCAUGGGUGUGCAAUUAUACUUGUUUUUAUCAGCCACAUUGCAUGGCUAUGUCAGGUGAUGUUGCUGAAGAGGAAUACAAACCAAUGGAUUUCCUAGGAUGUAUAUGCGAUGUAGAGACAGAUAACGUCACGCCAA